CCGAUGACGCCAGCUGGCGGUGGAUGUUCGGGCUGUGCCUCGCCGCGCCCCUGCUGAGCCUCGUGGGCGUGUGCUUCGUGCUGCCGGAGUCGCCGCGGUGGCUGGCCUCGCAGGGCCGGGUGCGGGAGGCGGAGGCCGUGCUGGGGACGGUGCUGGGGCCGGCGGAGGCGUCGCACUGCGUCAAGCUCAUGAAGGCGCCCCUGCGCGGCAUCGACAACGAGUCAGAGAUGACCUGGUACGAAAUGUUCACGACGCCUCAGACUCGGUGGCUCGCGCUCAUCGGCGCUGGCAUCGCAUUUUUCUCGCAGGCGACUGGCAUAGAGAGCAUCAUGUUCUACAGCAACGUCAUCUUGAAGGAGGGUGGCCUCGAUCGAGACAUGAUGUUGCUCGCCACGUUGAUCAUGGGGUGCUUCAAGCUUGCGGCCAUCAUGGUGCAAGGCUGCAUCGUUGAUAUAACGGGGAGACGCCCCUUGUUGAUAAUUUCCAGUUUAGGUAUGGCAUCAUGCAUGAUUACACUUGGGCUGUCAUUCGAAUUUUCUUUGGGGGUAUAUUUCAAGGUGCUUCCCAUUACUUUCUUUGCCGUUCUUUUCUCUCUCGGCUAUGGCCCGCUGGUGUACACAAUUGGCGCCGAGUUGUACCCAACCGCCUGUCGCGCCAAAGGCCUUACUUUGACGAUGGGCACUGCACGAGUGAUGGCAGCGAUCGUCGCACUGACAUUCCUGUCAUUGUCGGCUGUACUUUCAAUGGGAGGCGCCUUUAUUUUCUAUGGCUGCUGGGGUGUGGUUGGAGCCGUAUUUGUGUUGUUGCUAGUGCCGGAAACGACGGGCAAGAGCCUGGAUGAGGAUGUGAUCGCCGACUAGUGACAUACGUAGGCGGUGCCUCAGCUAUGAUCAUGAAAGCUCGCGCAUUUCACAUACAAGCGCCUUCUGUCGCCCGGGGCGAUAACACAUCGCUGCAUUGGCGCGCGGCAGAGACGAUAUUGUGUGGCCCGUCACGGGAACCUCAGGAGGUUCCCACUUUCGUUGAGUUUUUAUUGACUCCGUCCAGAUUUCGUGGGGUCGGCGGAUGUGGACGACACCUGGACGAAAUCUGGACGGAAGGGUGAAGAGGGGAGGUCGACGUCUGGACGAUAUCCGGUCGAAAUCGCGCUUACGAUGGGGCCGCGGAGGUAGGCUCGCCCAAACAAGUAUUCACUACGCUGAGCUCCUCAUUUGCAUCUAUGGGCCGCAUCGCAGCAGCGUGCCGACAGGGAAGAUGCAUCGCCCAGAAGUCGGCGCUCAAUUUUUUCGUCGCUCUUCCGCACCAGGUUACGUUCCCCGAGUCGGAGUGCGCAGCCGAUUUUGCCGACCUAUUUACACUCCAAGUGGACCUUGCGAAGCAGAGAAACCCGGAGAUCGUGGGCACCUCGGAGCUCGCCGGCAUGACGGUGGAGAUCCAGACAACUCGUGUGCACUUCGCAGGCUUCCCCUUGGCGGAGGCCAGCAAGGGGAUUACAGGGAUGGGCCCCAACUCAGUGGCGUACCGCGCGGGGAUCUUCGGGGGCGCCCUAGUGGAAGGAGUGGCUGAGAUGCGCACGUACAAGACGCAGCCCUGGGAUCAACAGGCAGCAGCUGCAGAAGCGGGUCAGCGUUCUGCAAAUGGGAGAGCUCAAGCCGAUGGUGAAGAUCACAUGUUGCCACGAGUUCUGCGAGGCCAAACUCGUCUUGAGCGUCGCGAACGGCAAGGCCCACGACCAGCCAGCGCACGAGGCGCAGGACCAGGCGGGCGCAGUCUACAAGCAGGGCUUGGCCCUGCGGGGCCAAUGCGAGCGCCUGGCAAGCACGGGAUACCACGAGCUCGAGGCGAUGAUGAAAGAGUCGAAUUGGGCCACGCAAACCGACAGACCGCCCGCGACAUCCUUGCAAUAUGUGCCCCCUGGGUGCGAAGAUUAAC